UAUACGAUAUAUUGCUUUGAUAUAAGUCCGAGGUGCAAAUGGCCCGUCUCUCCUAGGGCCGCUAAGUAUUUCGGCUCAUCUACGCCUAACCUUGUGAGUUUAGACCUCGUAGAGGAAGAGCCCUGUGCGAUUCCGUACCAAUCCGUUUCCAUUAGCUCCUUUUCAUUAGGGGCGUUUCGGGUCCAAGACGCAACCAAUGUCGCCUCCUUCGGACCAAUGUCCCAACGAGCAAAAAACAAUUGGAACUAGUAAGACUAAACUAUUCUCUACGCUGCUGACCCACCCCCCACAAGGCAUUGCAUGCAACUCAGAGGACGAAAGAUAUUAGGUUAUGGAAAGAAAACACUAUGUUUCCCAUCCACUAUAUGUUUACUUCAAAUCCUAUAAGUAUAGCUACAAGCCCUCUUUCUCUUUGCCUCAAUUUUCCCCUUUCCCGGCGCCCCUUUUCAUGCUUAUCUCCUUUUCCCAACCAUCAUCUCUACCUCGGUAUAUAUCGGUCCGCAGGCUAGACGGUAAUAUCUUCAUUACUCUCAAUUUCACAUUAUCGCCACUCAGUCAGAGAAACCAUGACUGCCUCAAGCAGCAGCACAGCUAAUGGUCACACGACCACGAGACGGUCACUACCAUGUGGCAUUUAUGCUCCCACCAUGACCUUUUUCGACCCAGAGACUGAAGAGCUCGACAUACCCACCAUCAAGAAGCAUGCCGAGCGUCUGGCCAAAGCCGGUCUAGCCGGACUGGUCACUAUGGGGUCUAACGGAGAAGCUGCUCACUGCACACGCGAGGAGAAGGUAGCAGUGACACGUGCUACCAGAGAAGCUUUGGAUGCCGCAGGUUUCACCACCACGCCCAUCAUCGUUGGGGCUACUGAAGGGAGCGUGAAGGGGACCGUCGAACUCAGCAAGCUCUGUGCAGCGGCUGGCGGAGACUAUGUCCUGAUACUACCCCCAAGCUACUUCCGUGCUCAGAUGGACGAAGAGGCUAUAGUUGGUUACUAUACCGCUUUGGCAGAUGAGAGCCCACUCCCAAUCGUCUUAUACAACUAUCCCGGCGCUGUUGCUGGCAUUGACAUGGACUCGGAUCUCAUUAUUAAGCUUGCCGAACACCCCAACAUCAUUGGAACCAAAUUUACCUGCGGCAGUACCGGCAAACUUACCCGAGUAGCACUAGCUACCAAUGCGAAAACUCCCUCCUCCGAAGGCAGUGGCUACAUGGCAUUUGGUGGCAUAUGCGACUUCACAGUCCAAACGCUAGUAUCUGGGGGAAGCGGCAUCAUCGCGGGUGGCGCAAAUGUGAUGCCUAAGGUUUGCGUCAAGGUAUGGAAUCUAUACUCGGAAGGGAGAAUUGAGGAGGCGAUCGCAUUGCAAAAGGUUCUCUCGCGAGGUGAUUGGUUCUUGACCAAGGCAGCAAUCGCAGGUACCAAACAAGCAAUUCAGAGCUACUUUGGAUAUGGUGGCUACCCUCGGCGCCCACUCAAGCGUCUGGAGAAAGCCAAGAUCCAGUCCAUCGCGGAGGGCAUACAGGAAGUAAUGGAAGUGGAGAAUUCGUUGUGAAUGGGAGAAAACGGGUUACCGGGAACUUGUCUGUGAGACCCACGAGGACUGGCUAUAUGCCGUCAAUAUUAGCCGCGUGGCCGUCAAACACUUAUUCUUGGAAAGUGC